CCGCUCUGACCCGCCGCCGCCGCCGCCGCCGAUGCUCCGACUUCACGUCGACUUGCGACAAGAGCUGUGAAAGCAUUUGUUCGCCAUGCCGCCCAAGCGCAAAGCGCCCGCAGCGUCUUCGUCCACCACGAAAACUCCCGCGAAAAGGCGCUCGAAACUCGCCAAAGAGAACGACAUCACCGCAGAAGAAGAAGCCGAGAUUCAAGAAGCUUUCGCGCUCUUCUGUAGUACCUCCGACUCUGAAACUCCCACGAUUCGCACGAUCGAUAUUCGUCGCUGCCUCAUCGCGCUCAAUGCCCCACCGGCUUCGAACGAAGACCUGCAAGAGCUCAUCGACAUCGCGGACGCAGAUGGCGAAGGCGCGAUCGAUUAUGAGCACUUCUUGCCCGUGGCGGCGUUGCAGAUGAAUAGGGCGAAGAAUGAGCGAGAUGAAGAGGAGCAGAACGAGGAGGUCGAGAAGGCUUAUGCGCUAUUUACACGCGGUGAGGAGAGGGAGAUUACGAUUGCGGAUUUGAGACGCGUCGCGAAGGAGUUGAGGGAGGAUGUUCCCGAGAGUGUCCUAAGGGAUAUGGUGAGGGAGGCGAAGGGUGGGCCGCUCGGUGCUGUGGGUAAGGAGGAGUUUGAGAAUGUGAUGCGCCGGGCGGGGGUUUUCAGUUGAAGAUGAGGAGGGGGCGUGCGUGCUUUGCAUGUCGAAGUGAAGGAUGUCGCAUGACAAUGGCAGCACAAGCGGAAUCUGUGCAUUGCUUCUGUGUCUGUGUGCUCGGGA